AUGGCGACAUCAGCGGCUAAAUUCGCACGGCCACUGCGCCUAGGCACAAAACCAGUGUUCCUGCCAAACUUCACCAUAACCCUCACCCGCAACCCCCCUCAGACUCCCGCAACCCACGCCUCCUUCAUCGUCCCCCUCAACCUCAACAAGCUCGAUAUUCGCGACUACCUCUUUAAUGUCUACUCGGUGCGCGUCCUAGGCGUGCGCUCAUACAUCCAGCAGCAAAAAAUUCGACAGGACAAGCCAGGAGCCCGGCGCCCGGCACAGCGCAAGUGGUACCGCCCGCGGGCCAUCAAGAAGAUGAUUGUUGAGAUGGAGCAGCCAUUCGAGUGGCCAGAGGAGACGACGGAUUUGGGAGCCUGGGACAAGGUCACCUAUGAUGCGGCGAAGGAGGACCAGAAGUCGGACCAGGAGCUGAAUCAGCCGACGAUUAAGAAGCAGCCCAGCAGAGAGAGGGAGAGCAUUGCGGAGCAGGCGGCGAGAUUAUUGGAUGGGACGGAUGCGUGGAAGUCGAAGGAUGAGUGGGAGGAUAUUGGGGAGGCUAUGGAGGUGGAGCAGGAUGUUGUGCUGCCGAGGCAAUAG